AUGGCUACCAACGGAAAUACGAAGGAUAUGUAUACCAACGGCAAUGACAUCGCACAACCACGUGCCCGCCAUGCGCAAGCGACCAACAAGUCUCUCGCACGCGCCCUGAACGGCGAACCGAACACUACCUGCACCACCACCACCACCCACGCACAAUCCUCUCCGCCCCUCCCAAGCAACCGCAGCACUCCUCUUCCCUCUGACGAUGCUCCACCCAGCGAGAAAGCGACGUCCGCCGCUCGCCGCUCAGUCCGGCGACAACAGCGACGGCUCUUUCCUACUGUGGACUAUCAAUCCCGGCUCUCAUACUUUGACCCAAAGAGUGACUACACCGAUUUCCGAGGCUUCUUCAACUUGUCCUGGGUAGGAUUGGCGAUCAUGGGGAUAACAGCGAUGCUCCGGACGUUGAAGGAGACGGGCUACCUGCUGAAUUUUACGCAGUGGCCAUUGUUCACCGAGAAUUUAGGGGAGCUGGCUGCAAGUGAUGUGUUGAUGUGCUUAAGCACGGCCUUGGCGCUGCCUUUGCAUCUGCUGUUCAAGAGCGCUGGCGCAAGAGGUAUCUUGAGGUGGGAGCUUGGUGGUAUGGUCGUGCAGAGCUUGUUUCAGGUCACCUGGGUCGUAUGUUGGCUGAGCUGGCCUUUUGUGAGGGAGUGGACAUGGACGGCACAAGUCUUCUUCACCCUGCAUAGCCUGGCACUUUUCAUGAAGAUGCACUCAUACGCGUUCUACAAUGGCCAUCUUUCGACGACGCUGACCAGACUCCGACAACUCGACCGGCCUAUUGGACCUCAGACACCAUUGGGCGAUGCAGUGAGAUACCCGAAAGCCUACUACUUUGAUGCUCGACCAGCCCCGGAUGCGGACGAAAAGAAUGACUCUACCCAAAGUCAGCUCUCUCCAGUGAUGCAACUUCGCGAAGACCUAGCCAUCGAAAUCACCUCACCGAUGGGCAACGUUACAUAUCCGGCGAACCUUACAGUCCGCAACUUCAUCGACUAUCUACUCUGCCCAACCCUUUGCUACGAGCUUGAAUAUCCUCGAAUGCCCCAGCGAAGCUACAUGGAACUCUUCUACAAAACCUUAGCCGUUUUCGGCUGCAUCUUCCUCAUGACCGUAACAAGCGAGGAAUUCAUCCUCCCAGUCCUGGAUUCUUCGCAUGCUCGACUGCAGACAACGGACAAUUUCAUCGACUCUGCUCUCAUCUUCGCCGAGACAGUAUCAGCAUUGCUGUUCCCGUUCAUGAUCACGUUUCUGCUGGUGUUUCUCGUAAUCUUCGAAUACGUCCUCGGUGCAUUCGCAGAAAUUACUGGGUUCGCGGACAGGAAGUUCUACUCAGACUGGUGGAACAGCCAGGACUGGCUGGAGUUCUCCCGCGAAUGGAAUAUACCCGUGCACAACUUCUUUCGCCGGCACGUCUACUCAGCCUCUCGGAGCGUGCAAGUGUCGAAGCCGGUGGCGAUGGCAUUGACGUUCUUCGUUAGCGCUAUCGCACACGAGGUGGUCAUGGGCUGUAUUACGAGAAAGUUUCGGGGGUAUGGGUUUGUGAUGUUGAUGUUGCAAAUCCCUUUCGUGGCCCUCCAGAGGCUUCCGUGGGUCAGGGACAGGUGGUUGCUUAAUAACACGAUCUUCUGGUGCGCCAUGUGUACGGGGUUGAGUCUGCUUUGUGCGUUGUAUGUACUUGUAUGA